AUGAAAGUAAAGUGCUCCGGCACCCAACCUUGCACACGAUGCGAUCGAAAGAAGAAACCAUGCCAUUUCUUAGUUGAAGACAAACGAGUGUCGGUUCCGGAAAGCUAUCUCCGAGAACUGCAACAGCGUCAUAGUAGUACCAUUACAGACUCUGGGCAGUACACAGCUGCAAGGUCACGUACUGGGAGCUUCCAGGGGAAUAUCCAGGCACCAGGCAUGAACCACCCGGUUCUGUCACCGAAUGCACACGUGGUCGCAAGCGAGGGCUUAGCUGCCAACGGGAACCCUAAUGAAAAUCCUAAACAGCCAUCUGAAGGUGAAUUCCAUCGUGAUAAUUCUCACUCAACCAAUGAAGGAGUCGGUUCUGUUUUCCAGCAAAACCCCUUGGCGGACAAUGAUUAUACAUUUGCUAAAGCCAAUGGCAGAUACUGGUAUAUGGGCCCUUCUUCGUCGUGGUCUUUCUGUCGUCGUGUUUUAGCCCUCAUUGGGAAACACGUCCCCGGGGCAAGUUGUCUUCCUGAUCCAUGGCAUUUCGACGGGUCUGCUUUCAAAAUGCAGUGGAAGCCUUUGGGACUUGAUGAGACCCCGGAUACGUCCAAUCUACCCCCUCUAGAUUAUGCAAUAUUUCUCUUCAACACAGCGAAAUUCUAUCUCGGGCCUAUAUUUUUUCUAAUUGACGAAAAAGAGUAUCUCCAGAAUCUGCACGAGCUAUAUGAAGAUGCCACAGCUAAAGUGAGAUCCUCGAGGCUUUGGUUUGCUCAGUAUCUGCUUAUUCUUGCUUUUGGGAAAGCUUUUGUUGUGCAAAACCACUCGCAAGAAGGCCCAGCGGGCUACCAAUAUGCGAUCAGAGCCAUGGCCCUGCUACCAGAUUUGUCUGGAAUGAAUCGUGAGCCUUUGUAUUCAAUCCAAGGACUUACCUUGGCAGCAUUAUACUUUCAGUCUGUGGAUAUGCGGGUAGCAGCCUUUCAGCAUAUCGGACAGGCUUUGCGGGUCUGUAUCAUUGAAGGCAUACAUAGACACAUGCCGGAGGAUGUGGUGGGUGCUGAGCAUUCGCAACGCUGUGGUAUUAUUUUCUGGGUGGUCUAUAUGCUUGACAGGGAAUUUGCUGCCCAGAUAGGAGCCCCGAGUUCCAUCCGAGAUGAGGAUAUCACGGCAAAGCUUCCCUCACAGAACAGCGACUCCCUCAAUUCGCAGAGCAUGACGCUUCAUGUGCGACUUUCCCGCCUAAUGGCACAGAUUCUGGCCACGGUCUAUGGGGUAAAGAAGGGAUCACACGAGUCACUUGUGAAGCACACUCAAUCCAUUCUUCGAGAUCUAGCGGAGCUGUCCAAAGACCUCACGGGUCUUCUGAAUACUCAUUUCCAGGGUUCCGUUAGCAGAGCCUCACGGAUGGCACUCCGGUUAAUCCUUUCCUACCAUCACUGUGUGGUUUUGACCACUCGACCCCUGGUAAUGUGUGCGCUCCAUAUGCAUAUAGAGCGGCCUGAAGGCCAAGCAGCCCAAACAAUCUCCUUAUCACCUCCAGUGGCGUCUCUUAUGCAGUCAUGCGUCGAUUCAGCCCAGACUGUACUCCAUAUUCUUCGCGCCCUUGGUGACGAGGAGCUCCUAGAGGCAUUCCUCCCCUUCCAACUCGAAGACGCAUUUUCGUCCGCUUUUCUUCUCCAUCUCAUCCGCGUCGUGGCCCCUUCUCUUCUGCAAGACGACUCGUGGUGUGAUAAUAUCCAAUCAAUUCUAAACACGAUGAUAUCAAAAGGAAGCUUGGUAGCGCCAUUACGCAAAGCAGAGCUUAGCCAGCUAGAGCAUAUCAUGGCACCUUUGACACCUGGCGCGAUGCAUUUGACGACACCUACAUCCCUCAAUAAUGCCCAACAGGAUAGCGUAGCUGAAACGAUGCCUACUCAGGACAUGGGGGAGCAUGGAUGGGAUGUUUUUGACGCAAAUAUGGGAGUCAUGCUUUCGCCUCGGGAGCUGCUAGACUUGGCCGAGCAACUUGACAUGGAAAGCCUGAUUCAUUCCGUUACUCUUUGA